CUCUCUCUCUCUCUCUCUCGCAACAGCCAACGGCAACAGCAGACGAUAACGAGUAUUAUUAUUAUAUGGGCAAUGACCUAUCUACACAUUAAUAUAUUUAUUUAUUGCUCACUCAUACAUAUACGCUAACCACAAUCACUCGCUGUCUUUCGGGUUUCAGAAAGUAAUGGCCUUUUAGUGGUAAUGUAGGCAUCGGUUUUUUGUUCUUCAGAACAAAAAGCAGCGGCCAUGGAUGCUCCUGCGUUGGAGGUACCAGGAUUGUUGGAAGAUCAUGUCUCCCAGACAAUGGUAUGUCCUUUGGUGAUCUUUUUGUCUUUUCCAUCAGCAAUAUUUGAGCUGUCAACGUUCAGCAAAUUGAAUAUGGACCAAAAGAGGCAACUCGUCCAUGAGAUGUCCAAAUGGCCAGAUGGCGCCAUCGAAAUUCUACACUCGUGGACCCGUGUUGAGUUGCUUCAGAUCCUCUGCACAGAGAUAGGUAAGGAAAGGAAAUACAGUGGGCUAUCAAAGUCAAAAAUCAUCGAGCAACUCCUGAGAACUAUACACGAGAAGGAAUCCAAGGAACUUGGCCCAACAAAAUAUCCCGAAACUCAGCAGGCCUUGUUAGAAAACAGUGAAAGAACUCUCAAGAGGCAGAAAAAGUCCGACCAUCUAAAUCGAGUGCCUGCAGUCUCGAGUCUGACCAUGACAGUUGAUCUUGAAGUUGAGUCCAGUAGUACUGUGUACUGCAAGAACUCGGCCUGUAAGGCUAAAUUGAGCAGUGCGGACGAGUUUUGCAAAAGGUGCUCAUGCUGUAUUUGCCGCCAGUAUGAUGACAACAAGGACCCGAGCCUUUGGCUGAUUUGCAACACGGACCCGCCAUUUCAUGGGAUGUCGUGUGGCAUGUCGUGCCACGUGGAAUGCGCGUUAAGGCAUGAGAAUUCAGGUAUUUCUCAGGAUAAGGGACUUGACGGAAGCUUCUGUUGUGUGUCUUGUGGGAAGAUUAAUGAUUUGCUAAGCUCAUGGAGAAAGCAAUUAGUGGUGGCAAGGGACACCAGACGGGUUGACAUACUGGGCUACAGGCUCUCAUUGGGCCAAAAGAUUCUGGCGGGCACUAAACAUUACCAGAAUCUGUAUGAAAUAAUUGACGAAUCAGUGAAAAUGCUAGAGGAAGAAGUGGGUCCCUUAACUGGUUUACCCGUGAAAAAGGCGAGAGGGAUUGUGAACAGGCUUUCGUCAGGGCCCGAAAUUCAGAGGCUUUGUGCUUCUGCUGUGGAGUCCCUUGAUCUGUUGCUAUCUAACCGAGUAUCUGAUAUGCCCUCUGGUUACAACACACUUGCCUCGAAACUCGUCCAUUUCGAAGACAUUCGCGCCACGUCACUUACAGUGAACCUCCACUCGUACAACUCACAAACCAAGAAUCUCAUGGGCUAUUCCCUAUGGCACCGUAAAGCUGACGAAGCAAACUACCUUACAGACCCCACUUGCCGGUUAUUUGAACCGAACACAAAGUUUCUGCUGACUGGACUUAUUCCCGCCACACAGUAUUUCCUAAAGGUUGCUAUUCUCAACACCGAUCAGCAGAUGGGCCUCUAUGAAUUUCAGUUCCAGACUGCUUGCUCUCAGGAUUUGGCCCAAAAUAAAAACUCGGAACCUGAACGAAGUCAAAGUCAAAGUCCGGCUACUAACUGUAGCACGCUCUCGAACCCUUCUUCAGUCGAGGACGAGACAAAUAAUAUUAUUAUUGUCAAUCCUGCCUGUACUUUUACUGACAGUAAAAUUGCAACUCUCCUAAGUUUACCUAGUGAAACUCUGAAAACGACGAGCAUUGACAAUACUCCAGUCUCCACUGGCUUGGAAUGCGUGCCUUAUGUUGCUAGCUCUGAGGCUAACUUGCCUAUAACUCCUUGCAAGUUUGAAAUUUUGAAAGACGAAAAUAGGCCCAAGUCCAAAGGCAAGGAUGUGGGAUCUGAAAGAGACGAGUCAAAAAAGAGAGACAGGAAAAAUCGCAAAGGGUGUAAUAGCUGCAUCCGGGAUAAGGAUUUUGAGUAUUACGUGAAAGUUGUUAGGUGGCUGGAGUGUGAGGGCUAUAUUGAGACGGGUUUUAGGAAGAAGUUCUUGACUUGGUAUAGCUUGAGGGCUAACCCUCAGGAAGUACGUGUAGUGAAGGUUUUCAUUGACACGUUUAUUGAGGACCCUGUAUCGCUUUCCGGGCAAUUAAUCGAUACUUUUGCGGAUGUUAUUUCACAUAACGGGUGCUCGAGGGUGCCAGCUGGGCUUUGCAUGAAGCUUUGGCACUGA